AUGGAGCUCCAGUCCGAUGUCCAUUUAGCUCACAAGCGCCUUCGCGAUGAGCUUUCCCUGGCUGAAAUCCCGAAUCUUGAGGGUCAGUUUACUUUAGAGGAUACGCAACGAAUGGGCUGGGGUAGUUUCGGUGAUAUAUACGUGGGGAAUUACCGUGAAAUUAGGCUCAAGCGCGAGAUUCGGGUGUGGCGAGACCUUAUUCACCCGAAUGUAGUUGCACUGUUUGGGUGGACCUCAAAAGUGAUACGGGACAACAUCAGUGUGAGCCUGAUAUCGACCUGGUGUGAUGGAGGGGAUGUCAAAAGUUAUCUCCGUCGACAUCCCACGGCAAAUCGCCAAAUCCUCAUUAAAGACACCUGCGAAGGUCUUGCAUACCUUCAUUCCAAGCGGAUAAUCCAUGGUGACAUAAAGCCGGAAAACAUCGUAGUGAUGGAAGCAACCGGGGUAGCAAGAUUGUGUGAUUUCGGUCUAUCAUCGCUACUCGAUGAUCUAUCCAUAUAUGCACCCUCUUCGAGCGUAGCCGGGACUCUGAGAUUCAUAUCGCCUGAACUGUUUGCCGGGGGAAAACGAAACGAAGCAAGUGACAUUUGGGCGUUUGGGUGCACGGCGGGAGAGGUGAGGCAUCGCAUGCAGGAUAGGGGUUUGUCUCGCUAAUGCAUUGUCAAGAUAUUGCGUAAUGAGCGCCCUUACCGUCACAUCAGUUCUGAUUGGCAGCUUCCGGACGUUGUUAAAUCCACACCCCC